CUAACUCAUGUUAAAUGCUCUCGUGAAAGCAAAAAACCGCGUUUACUAUCCUGGGGACACUGUAUGAGUCUCUGCAACCAGUCCAAUGAUGUAACAUUAUGAAUUCUUCAAACAUUUUCACUUUUCAGACCAAGUCCUUAACUACGCUGCUUUGCUUCAAGUUCAGCUCUGUUAUGGCAGAAACACUCAUAUUUUUCUAUGUUGUCUUUCUGGCUUUAGUCCCUAUAAACUCUCAGCGGGAAGAUCUCUUCUUUGAGGGGUUUAACGGUGCUGCUGCAGCCACCAACAUAAGCAUAAACGGAAGUGCAGUGGUUGUGGACAAUGGCAUACUUCAACUUACAAACGACAACAACAAAGUACUAGGGCACGCGUUUUAUUCAAACCCAAUCCACUUCAAGAACUCCACCAACGGCAAAGUUUCAUCCUUUUCCACCGCUUUCGCUUUUGCAAUAACCACCCGGUACACAAACCAAGGUGGCCAUGGAUUCGCCUUCACCAUUUCUCCCUCAAAAGCGCUUCCGGGUGCAUAUCCUAAUCAGUACCUUGGCCUUCUCAACCCACACGAUGUUGGGAAUUUCUCAAAUCACUUGUUCGCGGUGGAGUUUGACACUGUCCAGGACUAUGAUUUUUAUGACAUCAACGGCAACCACGUGGGUAUCAACUUGAACAACAUGAAAUCUAGUAUGUCUGUUCCAGCUCAACAAUUCACCGAUGGGUCAACCAAGAAAGUCCUUAAUUUGAAGUGUGGCAAGGUGAUUCAGGCAUGGGUGGAUUACAAUUCUUCUAGAAACCAAUUGGAUGUUAGGCUUUCUUCAACCUCUUCAAAACCCAGUUUUCCCAUUUUGUCUUACAACGUUGAUCUUUCACCAAUUCUUGAAGACGCUAUGUAUGUUGGGUUUUCUGCUUCAACAGGGAUGCUAGCGAGCUGGCACUAUAUCUUAGGUUGGAGCUUUAAGAUGAAUGGAGAAGCAAAAUCUCUGAAUUUGGAAACAUUACCACCACUCCCUCAGUCUAAGAAGAGCACAAAAACCGUAAUCGUUGGGGUCACUGUUUCUGCUGCUAUUCUGACAAUGAUUGUGGCAAUUUUUUGGUUAGGAACUUAUCUGGUCCGAAAGAUGAAGAAUGAUUUUAUUGAAGCUUGGGAGGUUGACAUUGGUCCACACAGAUUCCCAUACGAAGAGCUGAAGCAAGCGACGAGGGGCUUCAAUGAAAAACAGUUAAUUGGUUUUGGUGGUUUUGGUCGUGUUUACAAAGGGGUUCUUCCAAACUCCAACACCCAAGUCGCAGUGAAGCGAAUCUCCAAUGACUCAAAGCAAGGGUGGGAAGAAUUUGUGUCGGAGAUUGCAACCAUUGGUAGGCUUCGUCAUAGGAAUCUAGUACAGUUACUAGGUUGGUGUCGGAAGGGGUGUGAUCUACUACUUGUGUACGAUUUUAUGCCGAAUGGUAGCUUGGACAAGUACCUAUUCGACGAACCAAAAGAAAUAUUGAGGUGGGAACAGAGGUUCAAUAUCAUAAAGGGGGUAGCUUGUGGUCUUGUGUAUUUGCAUGAGGAAUGGGAACAAGCAGUGAUUCAUAGGGACAUAAAAGCUGGGAAUGUUUUGUUGGAUUCAGAAAUGAAUGGCAGGCUCGGUGACUUUGGUUUGGCGAAGCUCUAUGAGCAUGGGGCGAACCCGACCACGACCAGAGUGGUGGGAACAUUGGGGUACUUGGCACCUGAACUCACGCGAACAGGGAAACCAACCACGAGUUCUGAUGUGUUUGCGUUUGGUACUUUGUUGCUUGAAGUGGUGUGUGGGAGAAGGCCCUUUGAGCCUAAGGCAUUGCCGGAGGAACUCAUACUCGUGGAUUGGGUUCGGGAUCGUUGGCGAGACGGUGCCGUUUUGGAGGUUGUGGACCCCAAGUUGUGUGGUGAGUUUGAUAGGGUACAGGCUUUGAUGGUCCUCAAACUGGGCUUGAUGUGUUCCAAUGACUCUCCCGGAGAACGACCCAGUAUUAGGCAGGCGUUGAUGUACUUGAAAGGGGAGUUGCCGUUGUCGGAGGUGGUUGCGCCGCCGCAGGUUGGUGGUGGUGGGGACCUUGAGGACUUGGGGCAUUCGUGUCCAACUUCAUUGUAUUUCGAUAGGAUGAGCAUGUGGUCUUCUAUGGCCGGUGAUGUUGUGGCCACGUCCCUUUCACUUUAUGGUGAAUAGGAAAAGAGUUAAUUUUUUGUAUGUUUCUAUGACUUAGUAUUUGUGGUUGGUUUUACCCUAUACCCUUCGAGGUCCACAGUGAAGAGGGGGUACUCAAAAAAAUUACAGUUAUUGUAGCACAAAGUUGAAUUUGAAUCA